AUGUCUUCCACCGAACCAAGUUUACCACUCUGUAUAGCUCUUCAACUCACCAAUCGACCAGUCACACUUAUCGGUGGUGGAAAUGUUGCAGCCUCUAGACUAGUUUACUUACUUCGAUCUCAGGCUCGUAUCACUCUCAUCGCACCUCGAACAGGUCUCUCUAAAGAAGUUUCAGAAGCAGUCGAUGAAGGGAAGAUAUGGAAAUAUCUCGAUCGAAAUUAUUCCGAUGAAGACGAUCUGAAAGAUGCUUUCGUAGUUUUGACGGCUGUAGAUGAUGAAAGUGUAGGUCGUCAGGUUGCUGAAAUUUGUAGGGCACGCUCAAUUUUAGUGAACGUAGCAGAUGUACCUCCUCAAUGUGAUUUUUAUUUUGGUUCGAUCAUCAAACGUGGACCUGUUCAAAUCAUGGUCUCUACCAAUGGAAAAGCACCUAGACUAGCCUCACAAUUGAGACAAAUCAUUGAAAAAAACUUACCUAACAAUCUCGAAAAGGCAAUCGCGAAUGUAGAUACUAUUCGGUCUCGAUUAAGAGAAAAAGUUAGUAGUCAGGAUCGAAGCUCAGAUCGAAUGAGUUGGAUGAUUAAACUUUGUGAUCGUUGGAGUUGGGAUGAAUUAGCAGAGUUGGAUGAUGUACAAAUUGAAAUGAUCUUACAAGCUGCUUGGGGUGAUGAUGAACCUGCUAAGAUGAAAAAGCAAGAUAGGAAAGUGUUGACUAAGCAGAUGUUGAUACCUUGGUGGAGAAGGAAACCACUUGUGGAUGAAUGGCGAAGGUGCCCAAUGUCAAAAAAAUGGAAUGGAGAUUGGCUGGGUCCAGGUACAAUCGGUUUUCUGAUGGGCAUGAGUGCGACAGCUCUUUACAUCAUUGCACGGUCCAAGCGAGUUGCGUGAUGGAGAAAUCUAUGUAUUGAAAGUGAACAUUCAUAUCAUAAUCUAUGUGUAUCUACAAACAUGUACUGCAACUUCAAUUAUCUAUGUAGUCAAUAAGUUAUUCCUGAAUGAAAAUGAAACAAGUAAACAUUGUGUUGUACAAUUUCCGGGCGUAUCCUGUGCCGAUCAGCCAAGUCCAAUGCUGCAUGUCCUAGUUCUUGGGUUGAACGUGGAUGAUGACAGAGCCACCAGGUGCUUCGCGAACACCAUCUGCGUCUUUGGUCACUGAUUGAGGUACAAGGACUUCACCUGUAGUAUUGGACAUGAAUUCGAUCGAAGCCCUGACCAUGAUAUCAAGAGCCGUUUGGGAAUCCACUUUGAGCUGUCCUUUCAUGCGCCAGAGCCUUUUAGGAGUGUAGAGGAUCGUCAGUGAUACAUCAAUUAGUGGAAUGUACUGGAAUGGUAGUGGCGUCACCUUUCGAAUAUUAUAGGAAGAUCGGAAAAUGAUGAAUGUAUGAUUCCACCAAUUGUAAAAAACCAAGUGAGAUGUCGAGGAUCGCGGGUUGCAAGAAAAUCAUAGAGGGGUCGGAAAUGACUGGACCAGACCGUGAACCCUGGCGAGUUGAUCACUAAGAUGGGUGAUUCAACGGAUUCU